AGGAACGUGUACUAGAAGAAUGUUGGAUUUACUGGAAAUCAGUCCGUGUUUGUGUCCGGUUUGAGAAAACGAAACGAAAAUAGCUCAAUCAGAUGACCAAUACAAAGAGGGUGGUGCCAUGGCUUCCACGAGCUGGUCUCAGGACAAGUUGACCGGCAAAAGGUCGUUCGAGGAAGAACUGGAAGUCAUAGAGAACGGGGGACUCAGUCCCCAACCCUCUGUCAAGACGGACGAUGACGCGUGCUCCGAGAUUAUCCGAAUCGAGCAGCGGGCGGUGGCGGACGAACACUACCGGAAUUCCACGAUGGGUAGAUUUGUCCGCACGCUUCAGGUUAUUAAAGCUUGGGCGUCAGGGGGACGGAAGCCUGCCCGGCGGCCCGACUCUUUCCUGGAGCGAUUCGCCAUGGGCGGGAAGGGAGAUAUGCACAACGCCGUCGCCAGAAGACACAGGAAGAUCUCCGACGUCAGGUACUGGAAGCACUUCUACGUGGAUCCGUCUGACAACUUCUACUACAGGUGGCUGGUCCUCAUCUCGCUGGCCGUCAUGUACAACCUCGUGUUCAUCGUCGUGCGAUCCGUGUUCGAGGAGCUGCAGUAUCGCUACGUGCCGCUCUGGCUGACUCUCGACUACCUCAGCGACUUCGUCUACCUGCUCGACAUGGGCAUACAGUUCAGAACAGGCUAUCUGGAGCAAGGUUUGAUGGUUACAGAUCCUCAGAAACUGCGCAAAAACUAUACGAAGAAGAAAACCUUCUACUUAGAUACCGCAAGUGUCUUACCUACGGACCUUCUGUACUUCGUCACCGGAAUAAAUAAACCCCAAGUUCGUUUUAAUCGUUUGUUACGAGCCAAGCGCUUGUUGGAAUUCUUUGACCGCACGGAAUCGAGGACUAGCUAUACGAACAUGUUUCGUAUCCUUCACCUUGUGUUGUACAUCUUAAUUAUUAUUCAUUGGAAUGCAUGUAUAUAUUUCGCAAUAAGUAAUGCAAUCGGGUUCGGAACCGAUAACUGGGUGUACGGCAACGUGUCGCUUCCUGAAUACAAGUCGCUGAGUCGCAAAUACGUGUACAGUUUUUACUGGUCGACAUUGACCUUGACCACCAUCGGAGAAACGCCCCAGCCCGAAAAGGAUGUGGAGUACUUGUUCGUCGUCGUCGACUUUCUCAUCGGAGUUCUCAUAUUCGCUACGAUCGUGGGAAACGUUGGCAGCAUGAUCACUAACAUGAACGCGGCCCGGUCGGAGUUUCAGCAAAAGAUGGACGGGGUCAAGCAGUACAUGGUGUUCCGCAAAGUCAGCAAAGAACUCGAAACGAGAGUCAUCAAGUGGUUCGACUAUCUCUGGACGAACAAACAGUCCCUCAACGAGGAGGGGGUGCUGGCGUCUUUGCCGGACAAACUCAAAGCUGAAAUGGCUAUACAAGUGCAUUUGGAUACUUUAAAACGUGUGAGUAUAUUCCAGGACUGCGAGCCGGGCUUGUUAGUGGAGAUAGUGUUAAAACUGAAGCUCCAGGUGUUUAGUCCUAACGACUAUAUCUGUCGCAAAGGUGAUAUUGGACGCGAGAUGUACAUCGUUAAGCGCGGGAAACUUAGCGUCGUGGGGGACGACGGGCAGACGGUAUUCGCCACUCUCAGUGAGGGAAGUGUUUUCGGUGAAGUCAGUAUCCUCAACAUCGCUGGCAACAAGACGGGCAACCGGCGCACGGCUAACGUUCGGAGCAUUGGCUACAGUGAUUUGUUCUGCUUGUCCAAAGACGACCUGUGGGAUGCCUUGACAGAAUACCCCGACGCUAAGCGGAAGCUCAUAGAGCGUGGGCGGCAGAUUCUGAAAAAGGACAACCUGUUGGACGAGGCUGCUAUGCGACGGGAGGAGGAGAAGCAGGAGACGGUGGAGCAGAAGGUAGACCGUCUGGACAAUAGCAUGGAUACGCUGCAGACGCGCUUCGCCAGACUCCUGGCAGACUUCAAUGCAACUCAGCAGAAACUCAAACAGCGACUCACGAAAAUCGAAAAGGUUCUGGGUCGCGACGGUGACGCCAUUUCUGUGACAUCUUUAUCCCCCGAGGAACAGGCGGCGGCUCAAUAGAACACACACACACACACACACACACACACACACACACAGAUGCAUUAUUUCAUAAUGAUUUCCUUAAAGGGACAU